AUGAACACGCCGCAUAUACCAAAGUAUGAGCCUGGCACCACAGUGACAGUUGGAUCACAUAGCGUGCAUAUUUUGAAGUAUUUGACUAGUGGUGGAUAUGCUCAGAUCUACAGUGCACAGAUCAUGCCUGCAGACCAGUUUUUGGGAACCAACAUGGCCGUCUUGAAGAGGGUCAUUGUACCAGACAAGUCACACUUGAAUACCCUCAGAGCUGAAGUGGACGCAAUGAAAAGGUUAAAACAUCACAAAUACAUUGUCUCCUAUAUUGAUUCGCAUGCGGCUAAGUCUCAGUACAUGGAUGGUACUUAUGAGGUGUUCCUGAUCAUGGAAUACUGCAGUCGAGGUGGAUUAAUCGACUUUAUGAAUACUAGAUUACAGAACAGACUUACCGAGACAGAGAUAUUAACAAUUCAGCUUCAUAUAUCUCAAGGUGUGGCUGCUAUGCAUACUCUACAGCCUCCCUUAAUCCACAGAGAUAUAAAGAUUGAAAACGUCUUGAUAUCUAACGAUCACAAGUAUAAACUAUGUGAUUUUGGUUCAGUUUCAGGCUAUAUAAGGCCUCCAAAGACACCAGAAGAGUUAGCCUAUGUGAGACACGACAUAAUGAUGAGUACCACAGCCCAAUACAGAGCACCGGAAAUGUUGGACUUAACCAAAGGUUUCUCCGUGAAUGACAAAUCAGAUAUCUGGGCCCUGGGUGUAUUUUUAUACAAACUUUGUUAUUACACUACACCAUUUGAACAAACCGGAGAAGCAGGUAUUCUAAACGGUGGUGUAGAAUUCCCACCAUACCCUCAUUAUAGCGAUGCGGUGAAGCAGCUGAUAAUGUCUAUGUUAGCAAAGAAUCCACUACAUAGACCCAACAUAUUCCAAAUUAUACAAACAGUUUCCAAACUACUGAAUGUUAACUGCCCAAUUCCAAAUAUUCAUGUACCCACAGAUAUCAGUAUUGCUGUAUCCAAUAAUAACACAGGAAAUAUGUCAAUUAACGGCUACUACAAACCUAUGAACCAGAACUCUGGAAUUUCUACUCCACACUCUGCUGGCAAGAUGUUAGCAGGAUUCCAGAAUGAUAUGCCUAAACCUAGCACAAAGUUAGGAAAGCAAGAGCUAUUCAGCCGCUCAAAGACAGUGCCAAAUGACAUAGGUGGUCUAAACGAAAGAUCCGAUAUUUCGGCAUUCUUACUAAGAAAGAAAGCAGAAUUAGAGGCUACACCCAAUCCUCUAGAGUCUUCAAAAUAUAUUGAUGACGAUUCAUCAUCAACAACCUCCGAGGAUAGCUUUGAUGACCAUGCAUCAUUCAUAUCCAAAACACAAUCUGCACACAGCGUUUCGACAGUUGAUAGAUUCAAUGCAUACCUAAAAGCAAAUGAUAGUAUCUCAGAAGAGGAUAGUGAUGAGUCAUUCAUGCCAGGUGCAUCGCAUUUAAAUAGAUUCAGAAGUGAUACACAAGAAACCAGUAAUAAAAGGCAAACAAAAGAUGAAAUUCUGCUGAAGAGAAGAAGUCUACCAUUCACCAAUAAUGAAGCCCGGAGAAACCAAAGUACUGACUCCGAAUUAGAUACCUUGUCCAAAGCAGAGAAGAAGGAGCAAUUGAGACAGAGGAUGAUGAGUGCACUGAAUGCAUCUGAGGAUGUUAUAAAGAAAACUAAGUCUAGAGAUGGUUCUGUUAGCAAUGACAACAAUUAUCUGUUAAAAUCGAAACUUCACGGAAGAAGAGAUAAUGAACAGAGGUUUUCUAGUGUCGUGGUUAACCCUCUUGACAAUUCAAAUAAUCUUCCUACAAAGAAAACUCCACCUGUUAAGCCUCCGAAACCCGACCAUCUUAAACCAAAAGUACCACCAAAGCCAGCAUUUUUAAAGACAUAA